AUGUCAACUUCUUUUAGCUUCGAUUAUCUGCCGGCAGAUGUAUUAUCUUUGUCCGGUUAUGAUUUUUUUCUACUUAUUAAGACUGUUCUUGGUGAACCAGAAGCUAAUCUACUAAAUAAAAUAUCGAUCAAAUCAACAACAUCCUUAAUUCAAACUGAAGAUCCACUUGAUAUCUUUAAUUAUGAUAUUGAUGAUGAAGAGUUAGAAAAAUUAAAAGAGGAACUUUCAUUUAAAUUAAAAAAUAAAAAAUUUGUGCUCAAACCUGGAGUAAUUUUAGGAUUUCGCUCAUUAAAAGAUGCAUUAAAAAAAUAA